CAGCUCCAGGGAAGCACCAGGAGGCUGCAGACAGGCUGUACUGUGUGUAUGUGUUAGAAAAGCUCCUUUAAAGUCUCGUUUUUUUGCGUAACAAAGCUUGGGAACAUUUUUCAACCAUGUCUUCGUUCAGGAAAGCGCUGAAAUCCCGACAGAAAAACCACCAUGAAAGAUCUCAGCCUGGCUUCAGAAAACAUUUGGGAUUGCUGGAGAAGAAGAAAGACUACAAACUCCGCGCAGAUGACUAUCACAAGAAGCAGAACACCAUUGCUGCUCUGCGGAAGAAAGCUCUGGAGAAGAACCCGGAUGAGUUUUACCAUAAAAUGAUCAACUCUCAGCUGCAGGAUGGAGUUCAUGUAAUGAAAAAGCAGGAUGAGGAGGUGGAGGUAACGGAGGAGCAGAAGAAGGUGAUGAGGACGCAGGAUAUCAAAUAUGUGGAGAUGAAAAGAGUUGCAGAGGCUAAGAAAAUCGAGAGGCUGAAAGGAGAGCUCCACCUUCUGGAUGCAGACAGCAAGCCAAAAAACAACCACACAUUUUUUGUGGAUUCUAAAAAAGAAGUGCGUUCAUUUGACCUGGCAAGCCACCUCAACACGGCUCCAGAGCUGGUGGAUAGAGUGUACAACAGACCAACUCUGCAAACCCUGGAGACGAAACGCGUCCAAGGAAUAAAGCCUGGCAUUAUGAAGAAACUGGCCAAGCAAAGGAAUCAUCAGUAUAAGAUCCUUUCCCAGAGGAUUGACAGAGAAAAGAAAAUGUUUGUCAUCAGCCAGAAAAUCCAGACCCGCAAGGACCUCCAGGAUAAAACUAAGAAAGUGAAGGUAAAAAAGGAAACACCCAAUGCUGCGGCUAUCUACAAAUUUGAGACCAAGAGGAAACGCUGAGAAGGAAGUGGGGGAAAAUAUCACUUUUGGGAUGUAACACAGACAUUUUGGACUUCGGCCCUAUGGAUCUACACACCUUUGAUCACAACAGAGACACUUGAUCAUAUUUUUUUCUCUCUUCAUUGCUGCAGAUUUGUACAUAUUUAUCAUAGACAUGCAAUUUCUUUCAAAUAAAUCCUGACUUGGAGAUAA